GUCACUUGUCCCUCUGAGAAGCAGUGGUGGCCAAUGGGAGUCACUUGCACUGCACCGUCCGUGUUGGUCGCUGGCGGUCCUCGUGACGCCGCACGCCGAGCGUGGCGCUGCUGGCGGGGGCUCGGACACCACGAUGACGGCCUACGCGGCGGGAAACAGCGUAUCGAAGGGAAACUUGAGGAAGACCUUGUUGGCGCUGCCGCGCAUCACCUUGUCCCACGCCUCGUUGGCGAACGGCAGCAGCUCUUCGUAGAUAACGGGCCAGAAGUCGUUGGCGAACUGCAGCGCCGCUCGAUCUGCGCACGU